GGCGAGCUGAAGGUCGAGCUCUCCGUCCGCUGCCUCAAACUAAAACCAGAAGAAGAGGAGCUCGUUGACGGCCACUCUGAAGUCUGUCCACUCCUGAUGAAAAGUCGUACCGAAACUGGCUGUAGUUCACCUGGGGGGCGAAGUCGUCCUUAAUGAACGGCAGAGAAUGGAGCUAAGUGACUAAAUAACUAUUUACACUUAUUUCUAGACAAAAGGCGCACAUUUUGUUUUAGUUUUCUCUAUAGAGAACCGAUUAUAUAUCAGCAUUGAAAAGAAAAAUACGACUGCCCGUUUGUUUUUCUUAUGUUGCAGACCGUUUUACCAGUAAAGCGCUAACAUUCUGUUAAUGUAUGCUGGUCAGUUAAAGAUCACCAACGUUAAGUUAUGGUAGGCUAACUAAACAGUAAUGCAGAAAGGUAAUUCACCUCUUACGGAUUUGUGUCUGUUGUCUCUACCGCCUGUGUCGAAAACAUCAUGAAAGUUGGCUGAAACAAAACAAAACCAAACAUAAAAGUUAGAUUUUUUGCUACAGCCCCAUAAGCCCCCAUUCAUGUUAGACGACCUCACGAGCGCCCCCUACAUAACCGGAAGUCCCGGGAGUGGGAGUUCUUCUUUUGUUAUAAUUUCUUCGAGUUUGUUGCUGUUAGCAGGUUUUUCUACCACGGAGACUACACUGAGGCUGCCAUGGCAAAUAAGACAGAGCUCCAUGCCUCAGACCAAACUACCUCUCCUGAUGAAGAGCGAGCAAAGCCUGCUGGCCGCCGUCCCCGCCGCAGACCUGCUGCCACCUUUGGUAGGCGGGGUCAGAGAGGGAAGAGGAUGGGCCCUGCAGAGAAAAGGCGGGGCCCAGGUGAGAAGUGGCGUGGACAGAAGAAGAGGCGUGGACAGGAGGACAAGAAGGAGGGUGUGACUGUGAAGAGGACAAGGAGCGAUGGGAAGCGGCGAUGGGACAAGAAACAUUACUGUGUGUUCUGUCGGCGGCCACAAGUGAAAAUCGCCCGUCACCUGCUGAGUAAGCAUGCUGACCAACAGGAAGUGGCAGCUGCCAGCAUGUUACCGACAGGCUCUAAACAACGCCACCUCCUGCUGGAGCACCUGCGCUGCAGGGGGAACUACCUGCACAACAUUGAGGUGAUCAGACAGGGCAGUGGUGAGAUCAUUCCGUGGCGACAGCCCUCAGAGGAAGUUGAUGCGAGGAACUACCUUCCCUGCCCGCUCUGCCUCGGUUUCUUCCUUCGCGCUGACCUCUGGAAACAUCAGGCCUCCUGUCGUAAGAAGAUCUCCUCUGACCCCUCAAAGAACUUGACACCAGAAAAGACCCCCGACUCCACAGGUCAGUCGGCCUGUGAUCCAACACGUGACAAGAUGUCCAAGUCCACAGAGGACACACCAUCUGACCCCUCGGGAGACACAGCAACGCCAGAGCAGACUGGUACCAAACGGCCCAUGACCUCUGACCCCGGUGUGGAUCAGGACCUGACCUCUGACCCCAACACAAACCGGCCCAGGAAGCGCAGCAGGGUCCAGGCUGCAGCUUCUCGCCUCCUUCCAAUUUCCAGCGGAGCGUCUGAGAGCUGCAGUGAAGUCCUGCACCGCAUGAACCAAGACCACGUCUCACACCAGGUUAAGUCUGAUUGGUUGAUCUGUAAAUAUGGAAACAAGCUGAUGGGGACUCAAGAUGGCAGCCAGAAGAGGUACGGCUAUGUCAGUCAGAAGCUGAGGGAGCUCGGCAAGUUCCUCCUGGCUGCUAAAUCUCUGGACUCCAGCAUUCGGAGCCUACAGGACCUUCUAGCUCCAGGUCACCUCAGCCUGGCACUGGCCGCUGCCAGAAAGGCAUCAGGAUACCGGUGGAGCCGCCCUCCGCUGGCCGUGAAGACCACGCUGAAGACCGUCUGUGAGAUUGCCAUUGGAGAAAGUCUGCAGGAUGGAGACUGGGAGGCUGCAGCGAAGACCACCGACUUCUACCACUUGUUGGGGAGGGAGUGGGACAACCUGGGGCUGCUGAACCCUGUCCCUGACACAGCAAAUACAGUAGGAGGAGCUAAGAUGAAGAAACGAUCUGUUCAAUCAAGAAGUGAGAAGGAGCGUAAAGAGCCAAGUCCAGAGCAGUCUGGUCCAAGACUGGAAGCUCCUUCACAGAGCAGUGGCAGACCUGUGAACACCAUGAUUCCGCCAGAGUCCAGACUGCAGCUUCCAAUCACAGUCCCUGUGGCUCCUAGGAAGGUCCGACGUCGCCCCUGGUCGUCUGCAGAGAAGGAGGCAGUCUGGAGACAGUUGGGUGUCCAUGUGAUGGUGCAGUCAGUGCCAGGGAAGGAGGUCUGUCAGCGCUGUCUGGACCUCGAGCCCGUCCUCAGAGGGCGACACUGGAAAGACAUCAAAAACCAGAUCUACAACCAGAUCCAGAGCCAAAAGAAGCAGCAGUUCCACGCUCAGAUGGACCUUCAGGAAAACCAGGAGCAACAAGACCAAAUGCAAAACCAGAAGAAGCAGCAGUACCAGGCCCAGAUGGAUCAACAUGACCAGAAUAAGAAGAAACAACAGUACCAUGUCCAGAUGGACCCCCAAGACCAGGACAACAUUCACAACCAGAAGAAACAGCAGUACCACACCCAGUUGGACCACCAGGACCAUGUCCACAUGCACAAGAAGCAGCUGUACCAAAUGCAAGAGCAGACCACCAUGGACCGGGACGCGCCUAUGUUGACGGCUUCACUAUAUGGAGCUGAGGGGCCACAUCGUCCCUCUGGACAGUCACUGCUGGAGCGAGAUCCCACCAUCAGUCCAUACCCACUGCCACAUAGGACCCUGGGGCCUCACAUGGACCAGCUGUUGUCCAGAGCAGAGUGGACUGAUGAGUCUUUGUCCCAGCACUACUCAGUGAGCAGGCAGCUGGACAGGAACCUGCUCCAGGACACACCACCAGCCAAUCCACACUCAGGACAUGUCCACUUCUGAUGGACAUGUGCUGAGCACUAAUGACUCUGUCCAAUAAGGAUUGCGUGUCUCUGAACUUCAUCUACAAAAUGAAGUUGACCUUUUUCCACCACAGGAACUCUACGAGCUGUCCAGCAUUUAAAACUCAACACAUUUAAAUGUAAAUGAAAACCUGUCUGGGCUCCACUCUUAUCUGACCACCUGUUCCAAAGACCACGUAUGUGUGAAAGAUCUGGUUUGUAAAACACAGCAGAACCCAGAACCUCCAUCCUCUCACAGGUUCAGGUUUUGUGAAGCUCAUUUAGUUUGUGGUGUGCAUUUGUGUAAAAUUUCAUACAUUUACAGAUUUGCCCUUUAAUAGUGCUGCUCUUCAACUGGUCACCAUCAGUAUUAUUGUUGUUGUCAUGGUGAUGUCACUGUUGGCUUACUGUCCCCGUGGACACUGACCUCUUCUGCUGUACAGCUGAUCUGCUCCGAGGACGGCAGGUUCAGAGGAUCACGUUGAAGUGACUCGGCUGAGGGAACGAGUUGUAAACCGACUGACUGCAUGAAAAGAUCGACGAUGUGAGGAAACAUCUGGAUCACCAAAUAAAUUUUUCCAAAGAUGUU